CAUCAAAAUGUUGACAGAUUGAAUGUGUGGACCGUCGAGCGUGUGGAGUGAGGUUAUAUUUACUAAAUUUGGUAUUUAACCAACUUGAUAUGGGUAAAAUAAGGAAAACAAAGCCUACAAAGGCAAAGAAAAGUGUUCCCAAAGAUGACUCUGACUUUGAAGAAGAAAUUGAAAUAGAUUCUAAGGACACUGCCAUUCUGACUAUCUUGGACCAGUUACAGGCUGCCAGUGUGGAAGAAAAGUACUGUGGAUUACAAACCUUUGCUUGCCUGUUGGAGAGUCCAGAGAAUAUCCCGCAGCUCCUGGAGCGGGGGGUGGUGAAGGCCGCAGCCCCGCUGCUGAUGGACAGUGCCAGUAGUGUGAGGAAUGCCUCCGCCGGUGCCCUGAGGAACCUCUCCACUGUUGGACUUGAAGCUUGCGAUGCUCUGAUGGAACAGGAUGUCAUGACUCCUUUGACAUGCUACUUUCAUGAGCAUGCUGAAACUUGGGUACCAGAUCCAAAAUCGAAAACAAAAGAUGAUGAUUCAGAAACAUUUAUACAUUGUGUUAAUUUGUUAUGGAACUUAUGUGAGAGCUCAGAACUAGCCAUAAAAUACCUUGGUCAAUCAAGAAUAUUGGACAUUCUACCUAGAUACUUGGAUCUAGCCACAUUUGGUAAAGAUGUAGUGACAGCUGUAUUGCAAUGUUUAUUUGUGGUUCUGGAAGACAAUCCACAGGCCAUGGACAAAGUGAAAGUGCUCUGUGAGAGACAUCUAGAACAACUACUAGCCUUAGAGGAUGAUGACCCAUCCACACUUCUAGUUAGGACUUUAUCUGCUGGUGUGAUUAUAAACACAUGUGGUGGUAACAUAGCCAGCUUGCCUGUGCAUGUCAUCAACAAAAUAAUAUCUAUUUUGGCAACAACAUUGUCUGUGGAUCACCGGCAGGCAUGCAACCAGUUGUCAAGCAGUGUCCCUCUGGGGGAUGCCGCCGGGACUGUUGUACCGCCCAGAGGCAAAGAGGCACAGGAGUUAGAGAAACAGCUAAGGUCUGUCUCACUAAUGAUUGACGCUCAACAGAGUUCAGUGGAAAUCAUUGCCAAUCUUUGUUCUUGUGAUGAUGGGGAAGAUUCUGAUGCUGAAGAAUCAUCAGACGGAGAUGAGAUGGAGGAUGAAGAAGCCUGCAAUGGGAGUGCUAAUGAGACAUCCUUGUUGGCUGAAGACAAAUUGCUUCCAGCUGUCACGGAAGCUUUAAUAUCUUUGGAUAUAUUCGAAAAAGUCUGGGCGAGAACACAACUACCUGCAGAGAAUGUCAUGAUGAUAUUGAAAGAGUAUGAGGGUUCUGCAUUGCUUCACAAAAAAUUGCAUAACCUUCAAGCUCGAGCUUUGCUGUGUAUCAACAACAUGUUAUCUAGUCUGCCAAUAGAUAACCUUGGAGGUGUUAAUGGAGUGUACAAGAUAUGGGUGGAAGCCGGCAAAUUGGUGUUCAAACAGAGCGCAGAGAAUUUAACCCUGUUGGAAUCGGCCACCGCUGUGAUGAGGGCAGCGUUAGACAAGAUCAAGUUUAGGGAAAAUGGAAACACUAGUAAUACCAAUCUGUUUACUGACUUGGGAUUGACUGAUCUUGAGAUGAUGCUAACAGGCAUCAAGGAAUGCCAAGUGCCGGAGAUCAGGUCGAACCUCAUCAGGAUGAUCGGCAUAUUGGCGCUGCUGCUCGUGAACAACCUCAAUGAGAGCACUUCCAACGUGAUAGCCACAAUAACGGAGUUCAUCCUGGACCAAGCGAACAAGGAGAGUGAAGUGUGGGUGCUGGCGGAGGCGGUGGACACGGUGGUGGACCUAUACUCGGAGGACGAGACCGACGCGCUGGCCGCUCGAGUGAAGCUCGUAGAGAAACUCACCGUCUUGGCGCCCAUUUUGAAGAAUAAGGCACGACAGCAGAAAAGACUACCUAAAGAAUACAAGGUGCUGGUGAGUACAGCGGUGUCCAACCUGCCCCGCUUCAUUCAGUACAAGAGAACGAGAGUCGCCAAGUUGUGAGUGAAAACAUUAGUGAAUUAAUGCCCUAUUUACUGUCUGAUAUUAUCGAGAUUGAUUAUACUUUCAUAAGUAAUAAAUAUUUUUAUUAAAGUUACAUUUCAAUGGAA